CUCAGAACUGUCCAUGAUUUUAAAGGGUGCCUCAGGACUGUCCAUAAUUUUAAAGGGUGCUUCGGGACUGUCCAUGAUUUUAAAAGUUGCCUUGGGACUGUCCAUAAUUUUAAAGGGUGCUUCAAGACUGUUCAUGAUUUUAAAGGGUGCCUCAGGGCUGCCCAUAAUUUUAAAGGGUGCCUCGGGGCUGUCCAUAAUUUUAAAGGGUGCCUCGGGACUGUCCAUAAUUGUAACGGGUGCCUCGGGACUGUCCAUAAUUGUAACGGGGUGCCUCGGGAUUGUCCAUAAUUGUAAAGGGUGCCUCGGGACUGUCCAUAAUUGUAAAGGGUGCCUCGGGACUGUCCAUAAUUGUAACGGGUGCCUCGGAACUGUCCAUAAUUGUAAAGGGUGCCUCGGGACUGUCCAUAAUUGUAAAGGGUGCCUCGGGACUGUCCAUAAUUGUAAAGGGUGCCUCGGGACUGUCCAU